UCAUUUCUGCUUCUGUAAUUUAUUUCUACGUCAGACGACACGCUUAGGUGCUCUUUAGAAUCUCCAAAGCUUUUAGUGCAUGAUUUUCCAACGAAUGAAGUGGCCAUAUUAAAGAUUUAUGAUACCUCAAUAUUCCCGUUUUCCCAUGAAUAGAUAAUAAUUUAUUAGCUUUGUACAUGAGUAAUAGAGAGGAAAGCAUAAUUAAUUCGAAAAUAGAAGUCCAUCCUCUGAGAUGAAUUUGCACUCGUUGAUAGACGAAUGCUUCAUGAAAUCUCAUAAUGAAAUCUAUUUUCGUCGCGAGAGAACGGGGAAAUCAACGCCUGGAGCAUCUGUUCUAUUAUACUCUCGUUGUAAUCUGGGUAACGAUGGUCGGGAUACUCUGCCUCCUCGUAAUCCUAAAUUCCGUCAUUCUGGGCUGCUGGGGAGCAGUUGCACACGAUAAUCCAUCCCCUGAACUGAACGUCAUUACAGCAACUUCGAACGUCACCGGUAACGAUACAAUGGAGACGCAAACGACCAUUUGCAGAAUUUCAUCAGAUCGAAUAAUAGCGGAUGCUGAGGCGACUGUCACCAAGGUUCUUAGUGGAGGGUGUAAUGCCAAAGUCAUGGAUGAUCGUUUGACGGCCCUCGAGGGCCUCUUCACUCAUCAGCUCGCCGAACUGAAGCACCUAAUUCUCCGAGUAAUCGAGAGAGAAGACAAUAUCGAGGAGAAUUCAAUCAAGGAAACUACAAUUAAUCAUAGGAAUUCCCUUCUAAUGCCCGAUUACGUUAAAAAGCUCCAAAAAAUUGAGUUCAUCGAGGAGGCGGUCUCGCCGAGGCAAUAUGAGAUAGAACAUCUCAACGACACGAUCCACGAACUUUCAACGACUGAAGGUCUUCAGCGAGUUUACACUCACUACUGGAAAGUGACGGAUUUGAAGGAGAAGUUGGUGAAAUGGAGAACAGGGCGUUCGUUACGCAGUCCCACCUUUUACAUCGACAAAAGUGGAUACGCUAUGUACAUGAAAUUUACCCCCAAGUAUUUUCCCGAUGGAACUGUUUUCAUAAGUGUUGGAAUAACCCGGGGCUCCUUGGAUCAGCAUCUCGUCUGGCCAUUUCCUCUCAAAUUGCAGAUAGAAAUUCUGGACCACUCACCCGAAUAUGCGAGGGAAGAUCGCAGAUCUCGACUGUGGGAUCCAGCCACUGUCUGCUCUACUUAUUUCUGGGGUCAACCAAGUUCAACAGGUGAUCCUGACAAUCCCGAGUGCGUUGGGCUGAGUACAGCCCGCAAGCUAUUCACCACUAACAACAAGUUUAUGUGGAAUGACAACAUAAUCAUCAAACUGAUCGUUCAUUUGUGAAGUGUUUAUUAAUGUUUAUUAAUACAUUCAUCGAUAU